GGUUCUUACUGUAUUUAUUUUCAGUUGGGUGUCCUUAUGUCAGAAACCCCACGAUGAAGCUUUGGAGCUGACCAGUUAAAUAUGCCGUUUGGUGAUGCGGAAGACUCAGAGCUGCAAAUGGUCAGGAUACAGUAAUGGUUGCCGCUGCUCUCGCUGACAGGGCAUUGCAUGCGGCCAGCACAUGAUAUUCAAGAUGCAAAAAGAGUCGCAAAUCAUCUCAUGCCAUGGCAUGGGCGUGGAGUCGAGUUGUGUUGUGUUGGAAGCACAAUGGAGCAAUCAGUCGAUGCACGUCUGAGGUGGCUGGGGUUGGGAAGAUACCUGGGAGGGAAUCAUCACACGAUCAUGAUUCUUUUCCUACUGCCGUUCCAUGCUAUACCUACUCAUUAUUCAGCUGUAUCCGUUGACUCCAUUCUGAAAGCAUCGAUCCCCAGCGUAAAUCUUAUGUCAAACUCUGGUACAGAGCGCAUCCCAGAUUCCCAGCGCCCAAAAAUAAAAUAAGCGCAUGCCCUUCCCGGUCUACGCAGUUCACUUAAA